UGGUGCAAGAAGUGUCCCUGUUCCCACUGGUUCUUCACUUCUUCGGCUGUUUCCCUCCAGAAAAAAAGAAAGUAUCCUUCCAGGCCACUACUUGUAUUGAUUCCUGGGAAGCAUCCAUUAUUGACCACUCCAUAGCCCAUAGCAUCGCAAGCGUGAAACUACUUGCAUAUAACUCCCUGGUCUAAACUUGUCCUUGCACCAGUUUGCCAUGAGCAGUGGGGCUUCCAUGGAUGCAAUCAGCCUUGAUGAGUGGGAGCUCCUGCCUGACCACAAGAGCUCCUCUUUCAUGGAGGAGUGCAGCAAUGGCCAUGGCACUGUCGGUGGUAAGGAUCAGCUCUUGUUCGGCGCCAAGUUGGUCAUGAUCAACAUGGACCACUUCGGCCCUACAUCUCACCCUGCUCCCUAUGAUUGCAUCCUAGAUGAGGAGGCGAAGAAACCGCCCCUGCCAACAUCAGAAGAUGCCUAUGCGCAUGAUCCAGCCACCGAGUUCAAGGACAUCGGUGUCGUGCAGACCAAAUCAAAGCGAGGAGAUAUCUUGACUGAGGUGACUGAGAUACUGAUCUCUGGUGCAGAAGAGGAGGAACUGAUCAAGUCCCCUGCUGGUGCGAAGAAAGUUGAUCAGGACGAGGUGUUGGUUGAAGCUACACCUGAUGAUCACUGCGCUCAAGAGCAAGAAGACAUCAAGAAAAUUGGUUUCAGCGUGGGGAAUCUUAGAGUGAAUGGUGUUGGGGCACUCUGCUCGUUUGGGGUUGCAGCUGCCACGUUCUGCAUCUUCCUGUUUGGUGGCAACCAGCAGCAGCAACAGAAGAGGCAGAAUCACAAGAUCCAGCUCCAGAUGUAUGCUGAUGAUGAGAGAAUUCAGCAGGUUGUGCAGCAGGCCUCCAGACUGAACCAGACCAUGUCAUCAGUCAUGGGAGGAGCGCCAUCCACACGGGCAAGCAUAUCAUUUGGAGGAUACUAUCAUGGGUUCUGAACUUCUGAUAGCAGAACACUUUGCUUGAUAGUUAUUAAUCCAGUGUUUUAUAGUUUGCCUUGUACAUUCUUUAUAUUGGCCAGGGCCCAGUUCCCAUUGCCCUCUGUGUAUACUAUCAUGCACUUGCCUCAUGUACAUUACUUACUGCUAAUGCUAGAUGUGGAUACUUGGGUUCAUCAUUUGUAAGAACAUCAGUAUGCAGGAAUGAAAAGAAAUCAAAUGCAAUGUUUUGUUUGAGGACUC